ACAAGUGGCUCAAGCAGCUCUCCAGCUCCAAUCGAGAGAAACAUCGCUUCCACAUCAAGCCCUACUAUAGCAGCUGAGAGCAGCAGCGGGGAUGGCUCACUAUUCUCCGGUCUGUUUGCCGGAAAUCCAUAUUUCAGUGCCGGUUUCGGAUUGAUGAUCUUUGGUGCAGCAUUGGCAGCCUCAAGAAGAGGAAUAACGACAGCAGCAACACAAGCACAAAGAAGGCUACUCGUUUCACUAGAAAUUCCAUCAAAGGAUAAAGCUCAUCCUUGGUUUUUGAGUUGGAUGGGCGCUCAGGCUAAAGCACAGGCAAUGCGGGAAGCUGGAUUGCUACCACAUCAGAAAGAGAGUAUUGGCGAGUUCUUAGGGAUACGAUCGAAGAGACAGCAGCAACUAGAGGCAGAAGGAAGCUCGUCCAGCUCUAGCACUGUGGAUGACCCACUAAGGACUGGAAAUCACCGGGCAAGUCCGAUCCGCAUUUAUAGUCAUGAACUCAGUGUAGAAACGAUGCAAGCCAACUUGAAGAAGCCCAACGCUUCAUCAGCCAUAAUGCAACAGCAAUCACUACAAAUGGAAGCUGGUGGGCAGAGGGAUACAUCACGCGAUGCUAGAUUCGCAUUUGUGCCAGGACCGGGAACGCAUUGGUUUAGAUAUAAAGGAUGUUGGAUGCGAUUCACACGUGAAAGGAAUGGACGGAUGAUUGAUCUGACAACGGGUGCACCUUGGGAAACGAUUACACUUACAACCCUUCGAUCGCAUCAACACUUAUUCACUGAGCUAUUAGCUGAAGCACGACAAUUGGCAUUGACAUCCAGCGAGGGGAAGACGACAAUCUAUACCGUUUGGGGAACAGAAUGGAGGCCGUUCGGAUUACCAAGGAGAGCAAGAGAUUUGCAAAGUGUAGUCUUGGCACGUGGCAAGCGUGAUCGAAUCGAAAACGAUGUCAGAAGGUUUAUGCAGCGUGGGUGGUGGUAUGCAGAACGUGGGAUACCGUAUCGAAGAGGAUAUCUGUUGCAUGGAAGUCCAGGAAGCGGUAAAUCAAGCUUCAUCUUUGCUUUGGCUGGAUCUUUGGAUCUUUCAAUUUGCUUACUCAAUUUGUCGGAAAGAGGUCUGACAGAUGAUAAGCUCAACUUCUUGCUCUCCAACGCACCGGAACGCUCGAUUCUUUUGCUAGAGGAUGUUGACAGCGCCUUUUUGGGCAGACAAAGGGCGGCUGAAUCAGAUGGAUACCAGGCAAACGUAACUUUCAGUGGCUUGCUCAACAGUCUUGAUGGAGUUGCAAGUUCAGAAAGCAGAAUCAUCUUUAUGACGACCAAUCAUGUUGAGCGUUUGGACCCAGCCUUGAUUCGACCGGGAAGAGUAGACUACAUCGAAGAACUAGGAGAUGCAGAACCAGAUCAAGUGGAAGAUCUGUUUAUGCGAUUUUAUGGUCCAAGACAAUUACGCAUACAGUCUUCUGUAAGCGAAGAUCCUGCAUCGGCUUUGGCGAAUGAUGAGAACCCUAAAUUGAAGGAAGAUCAAUUACGACCACUUGCGCAAAGAUUAGCACAGCUUGUUGAAUCGGAGUCCAUUCGAAGAAGAAGGGCUUUAGGCUUAGAUGAUGCAGGUCGAUUUGCAAGCAAUCCAGGGGAAGAAGGUUCAGCGUCUAGCACACUCGAUCAAAAGGAGUCAGAUCGUCGCUUGAAGGCAAGCAAGGCUAUGCGUUUGCAGCCUGCGGCACGUGGUGGUGUCAGUAUGGCUGAAUUGCAAGGAUUAUUCAUUCAGAAUCUCGAUGAUGGACAAGCAGCGGUCAGUAUGUUU